GUGGCGUGGUGGGGUUGAGUCAAAGCUGCUUGACCCACAGGCUACACACACUUUCCUUCUUUCGGCAAAUUCCAGCACUCCACACAUUCCCAAGGCAAUUUUUUUGAAACUCCCCAGCCCCAUCUCCUCCCUCAACACAAAAACCUAGCAUUUUCCCAGGGGAAUUACCUCUAGUCCCUUCUACCCACCUCAUCUUAUUCUCUUCAUAAAAAUUUUAAUCCCAAGGGAAUUUUCUUCUAGCCGUGCCCCUCCCGCAUCAAUAUUUUCUUUAGAUUACACCCCUUUAGAGUCCACAGGGGUUCCCAGAAUAAUUCUGCAUGCCUGGGCCUUUCAUCAGUGUCACACACACAAAUUCCACUCUUCCCUUAAAAUUUUAGGUGACUUCUAAAGAUCCUACGGGAAACCCCGCCCACUCUUCUGUCUGUCACAGUCAGCUCCCGCCCCCAAUUAGCAAGUCCCUAGAGGCUCCGCCCCUGUGGUUCUAGCUCCAACUCUUUCUUAAAGUGUUCCUGUCAAUUUAAGCCAGUCCCCGCCCCAGCAGGUGCCUGAUUGGAGGGAAGUUGGGCCUGAGUCAGAGCCUGGAGGAACACCACCCUUCCUCGCUGAUUGCUCGCCUAGCGAUAAGGCGCAAGCUCAGAUCCUGGACCCGCUCCAUUGUUUCGCCACUACCCUCCUGGGGGACCAGUAUCGUGUGUUUAGCCAAUUAACGGCCGCCCUCCGAAGUUCAGGCCGGGAUAAGAUAAUGCGCAUGCGCAACAGGGUGUGUGUUGGGGGCCGUAUUCUCUGAAAGGGAAAGAGGGUCUGUGAACAUAGCGCGCAGGCGCAACGGCGCGCGCACCGACCUUAAAAGCCCCCAAACUUUCCGGAAGCACACCCUCCCCCACAGCUUGAGCCUAGUGCGCUUGCUCAGCGGAUGCGCGGGUCACCAGCUUCCCUCUUCUGCGCCUGCGCGACCGUGGUUCUUCACUUCGUCUCCCCACCCCCUAACGAGGCUGACCCGUGAAGCCCCGCGAGCUCUGGGAAAGGGCGGGAAAGGCGGUUGGAGAGGGAGGGGCGAGCGGUUACUCACUCCAUGGCUGCGAAAAGGAAAGGAGGGAACGGCGGCGGCCUCAGCUGAAGAGACGGUGUGAGCGGAGAGUGACGGCGCGAAACCUCCCCAAGGUUGCAGACGCUGACGGAUUUGCCCCAGAGUCGAAGUAGCUGCCACCUGGAGAUUCCACAGCCAUGAGUGGGUUUAACUUUGGAGGCACCGGGGCUCCUGCUGGCGGCUUUACAUUUGGGACUGCAAAGACUGCGACCACCACGCCUGCCACUGGCUUUUCCUUCUCUGCUUCUGGCACCGGCACCGGAGGGUUUAAUUUUGGGACUCCCUCCCAGCCAGCUGCGACCACCCCUUCCACCAGCCUCUUCUCACUUACCACACAGACCCCAACCACACAGACCCCAGGAUUCAACUUUGGAACAACACCUGCUUCUGGAGGAGCAGGCUUCUCCCUGGGGAUCAGCACCCCAAAGCUCAGCUUGAGUAACACAGCUGCCACACCAGCCACAGCCAACACUGGCAGCUUUGGGCUUGGCAGCAGCACCCUCACCAAUGCCAUAUCAAGUGCCAACACCUCCAGCCAGGGGACAGCCCCCACUGGCUUUGUCUUUGGCUCUUCUACCACCUCUGCUCCGUCUACUGGCUCCACAGGGUUCUCAUUCACCAGUGGCAAUGCAUCUCAGCCUGGAGCCUCUGGCUUCAGCAUUGGCUCUGUGGGUAGCUCAGCCCAGCCCACAGCACUGUCUGGCUCUCCCUUCACUCCAGCCACUCUGGUGACCACUACAGCAGGAGCAACACAGCCAGCUGCUGCUGCACCCACUGCUGCCACCACCAGUGCAGGGUCUACACUCUUUGCUUCCAUAGCUGCUGCUCCUACCUCAUCCAGUGCUACAGUGCUCUCCCUCUCAGCUCCAGUGACAACUGCAGCCACUCCUAGUGCUGGGACUUUGGGUUUCAGCCUCAAGGCCCCUGGAGCAGCUCCUGGCGCUUCCAACACCAACACCACCACCACUACCACCACUACUACCACCGCCGCCGCCUCCUCUACCACGACCACUGGCUUUGCCUUAAGCCUAAAACCCCUGGUGCCAGCUGGCCCCAGCACUGUAGCAGCUACUGCUCUGCCUGCCUCCAGUACAGCGGCUGGGACUACCACAGGGCCAGCAAUGACCUAUGCACAGCUGGAAAGCCUCAUCAACAAGUGGAGUCUGGAGCUGGAGGACCAAGAGCGGCACUUCCUGCAGCAGGCCACACAGGUCAAUGCCUGGGACCGCACACUGAUUGAGAAUGGGGAGAAGAUCACCAGCCUGCACCGAGAGGUGGAAAAGGUGAAGUUGGAUCAGAAGCGGCUGGACCAGGAGCUGGACUUUAUCCUGUCGCAGCAGAAGGAGCUGGAAGACCUUCUGAGCCCAUUGGAGGAGUCAGUGAAGGAGCAAAGUGGCACCAUCUACCUUCAGCAUGCUGAUGAGGAGCGUGAGAAGACCUACAAGCUGGCUGAGAACAUUGAUGCUCAGCUCAAGCGCAUGGCACAGGACCUCAAGGACAUAAUUGAGCACCUGAACAUGGCUGGUGGCCCUGCAGACACCAGUGACCCACUGCAACAGAUCUGCAAGAUCCUCAAUGCACACAUGGACUCUCUGCAGUGGGUGGACCAGAGCUCUGCCCUACUGCAGAGGAGGGUGGAGGAGGCCAGCCGUGUGUGUGAGGGCCGGCGCAAGGAACAGGAGCGCAGCCUGCGCAUUGCCUUUGACUAGCCACACAUGGGGGGGGGGGGCUCUUGGGUUGCAGGGCUGCUGGCUUUCGGGUGGUUGUAUUGAGAAAAAUGUUCUUUGGUUUGAUUCCCUGUUUUCAGAAGUGUUUUGCAAAGGCAUGAUGUUCAUGGAUAUAACUUGUGUGCUCUGGAGACAGGUGAAGGUCACUGAACCCUAGGCCAGCAUUUAAAGAACAAGGGCAAGUGGUGAAUCCAGUGCUCUCUUGUUGGCCAAGCUCAUCCUUCAGCCACUCCAAUAGGACUGUGACAGUGGGAUGGGGUGCUCCAGAGGAGAUGCUGGCCAAGAAACUCACCUGGGAUGGAGACAUGGCUUCUGUGCUUCUCUAACUCCUAUCUAACCCAUGUCCUCCAGAGCCUCUGCCACACUGAGCUUAGCCCCACUUUAGCACUGGCUACCUCUCACCCCUAUCUUGUGAGCUUCUGUGGCAGGAACUGACUGCUGAUACGCCUUUGAUGCCAAAGUGGCUACAGAUUUGCUUCUGAAUAUCCCAUUGUCAAACCUAUGUCAGAUCCACAGUUUUAAAGGCCAGCAGUCUUGUCUGAUCUAUUUUAUUUGUCUGCACUCUACUGUAACCUCGGUGGUCCCUGAUCAAAAUUUUGCUUUUCUAAAUAAAGAGACAUUUGUGAAACGA